AUGUGGAGUGCGCUCCGAACACCACCGGCGCAGUGCCUUCGAGCUCCCGGUCGAGCUCUCGCCAGCUCACUUCGCGGCCGAUCCAACCCCCGAGGCCCCCGAAACUCCAUACGCAGGCCAGAGCCCAUCAGAAGAGACGUCCCAGCAUCGCGAGCACCUGAACCCAGCAAUCCAGAGACAACCUCCGAAACCCCCGAAAGCCCCGCCUCACAAUAUGACCCCUCUCAAAACACCCUCCUCGCUCCAGUCCACAUCCCCGAAGACCCUCAUGGCGUGAUAAAAGAGACGCACCCGGCGACGGGAAUCCUCGCCAACUCAGGUCUGGUGGUCCAGCGACAGUUGGAGCUCAUGAAUGUGAUGAUUGGUUUUGAACAAGCCAACAAGUACGUCAUCAUGGAUGCCAACGGCAAUCAUAUUGGCUAUAUGGCGGAGCAGGAGAAAGGCAUGGUGAACAUGAUGGCGCGACAAUCGUUCCGGACGCAUCGCAGUUUCGUGACUCAUGUGUUUGACAGGCAUGAGAAUGAAGUGCUUCGGUUCCACCGUCCGUUCUCAUGGAUCAACUCCCGAAUCCGCGUAUAUGAUCCUCUCGACCUAGCAAAGGGUACCUAUUCAACGUCCACCACACUACAGACAACCUCUGCCGGAUCUCUGGUUCACCCCACAGGGGACUCGAAUGCUCGGGUUUCAUCCUUGGGCUUGGAUGAAAUGCGGGUUAUCGGAGAGGCCCAGCAGCAAUGGGCCCCACUACGACGCAAAUACAACCUCUUCACAUAUCACCACUCGCCCAAUCCAGCGACAGAGAUGGAAACACAGAAGCUACCACUCAAUCAGAUGGAUAUGUCCAACGCGCAGCAAAUGCAGUUGAUCAAAUCAUCUCAGAGUGGCCAGGAAACGGGCGAAUAUCACCAAUUUGCCUAUGUGGACGAGCCAUUCUUGUCGUGGGAUUUUGGCCUACGUUCUUCUGACAAACAGCUGAUCGGCUCCGUGAAUCGCGACUUUGCCGGCUUUGCCCGGGAAAUCUUUACGGAUACGGGUGUCUAUGCACUCAGAAUGGACUCUGCUUCCCCCAGCGAAGAGUUCCUCGACAAGAACAGCGCGGCUACUGGGAUGACGUUCGACCAGCGUGCCGUGAUGCUGGCAACCGCUGUGAGCAUUGACUUUGACUACUUUAGUCGCCAUAGCAACUCGGGCGGGUUUGGUUUCAUGCCACUCUGGAUCCCCGGGUUUGGAGGUGAGGCAGCUGCUGGGGGUGCUGCCGCCGGGGGCGCAGCAGCCGGUGAAGCAGGUGCCGUGGGGGAAGCGGCCGCGGGAACCCUUGGUCGGGCCGGGGCAGCCGGUGGAAUGGCUGAUGGUGCAGCAGCUGGAGCAGCAGGCGCGGGCGCAAUGGCUGGCUACGACGCCAUGUCUCGUGGGAUGGGGGGCAGCCAGCCUGCUCCCGAUCAGCAAGCAGCUCCUGUAGACCAACAGCCACCGACGCCAGGUCAAACGGGUCCGUAUGGAGAUGUUUGGGGGGAGGAGCCCGAGAACCCGUGGGGAAAGGAGCCUGAGAACACAUGGGGUCAGGAAGAGGACCCUUGGGCAGAUGAAGGCGACGAGGGCGAGGGAGGCGAUGAUUUCGAUUGGUUCUAAGCGGCUGAUCGACCAUACAACAGGCAGUUGGAUCAAGAUGCCGGCUGACACCGUGAGACGGUUCCCCUUACUCGUGCGAGGGUACUACAACAGAACUCAUGGGUUCGGUGUAUUGAGAAUCACCAUAACGGCUCUGACAUGACCCAUUGUAUACUCGACAUGAUCGGGCCGAGUACGGAGUAGACGUUGAUGUCAUUUACUCUCGGCCCUGCUUGAAAUGCAUAUAGGGUUUUGCAGCUUACUGACAAUGAUCCGCUCUAUGUACCAUAACGGCAUGAAAUCUCCAAUAAAAUGUAUAAUAUAAUGCGAAAAAUGAAC